UGUCAGUCAUAUCUAUAGCAGUGCGGUAGCCGGUUGUAUGUAACAUUUUUGUAAAUAAUUUGCAUUUUAUUCUAGAAACUACGCGCUAAGUCCUAAUCAAGUGUUAACAUAGAUAUAACAAGCAUGUUAACAUCUAAGCUGGAAGUGUUGGUCGAUUUUGGCGGGACUGCAGACCAGAAAAUCGUGGAUAAAACUCUCAGACAUUUACAAGAACAAGAUGGCGUUAAACAGGCGGUGUUCAAAGAUGGCGCUGUUGUGGUAGAAACGACAUUGCCAAGCUCGGUUAUCCUGGACAUGGUGACUAGGACUUCUGGUAGAAGAUCAGUUCUGCAGGGAUUUGGGGAUACUCAGUCAGCGGUCGCCAUGAUAUCCAGCCAGCACUGUUGUAAGCAGCAGGUUUUGGGCGUGAUCAGAUUCCAACAGAACGAAGGUGGUCCGCUCGUAGCAGAUGGCAGCGUGGACGGUCUCAUGCCCGGCCCGCACGCUCUACACGUUCACGACGCUGGUGACCUAAGCGCGGGCUGCGAUUCGAUCGGCGAACACUACAACCCUCACCACUCUCCACACGGCGCCCCUUCAGAUCCCCCCGACAAGAGACACGCAGGGGACUUGGGGAAUAUAGUCGCUGAUGAUAAGGGCAGGGCGACUUUCAGGAUACUGGACAGCGUGCUUAAUAUUUACGACAUCGUUGGCAGAUCGAUAGCGAUCAAGGAGCAUGCUGAUGACUUCGGUCGGGGUGCGAGUCCCGCCUCAAAGACUGACGGACAUUCCGGCGCCUCGGUAGCGUGUGGCAUUAUAGCAAGAUCGGCGGGUAUAUUCCAGAAUCCGAAACGGAUAUGCGCGUGCGACGGUGUCGUCGUGUGGGAUGAAAAGGAUCGACCGUUGGCGGGAAAGGGACGCAGGGAUAAGUGUUGCCAUAACGAAAAAGAUCAGGAUAAAAUUAAAGUUUGUUGUAAAGUGUAAAAAAUAAAUUAUUUAUUUUUAUCGUAUUUAUAGUUUUGAUGUUAUUGGGU